AGAGAAACCUGUGGUUUGUGUCGGUCCACCAGCGCUACCUGACGCCCUUCAACGCGCCCAGCGGUCUAUGCUGCGAUGUUGAUGCCGGACUUAUUCCCCUCACUCCUCCUCCUCGUCUCUUUCCUGUUGCCGGGCUACGGUUGCCGGGCGGCGGACAUUCCAGAGGACACUACAUCAGAGUUCUCGGUCAAGCUGUACCAACGGCUGCAGGCAGCAGGGGGUCAAGAUAACAUACUUUUUUCCCCAUUGAGUGUGGCCGUUGCCCUCGGUAUGGUGGAGCUGGGAGCCAGAGGGGCUUCGCUGGAGGAGAUACGUCAGGCGGUGGGUUUCAGCCACCUGCUGCCAGGAGUGGAGUUCUCAUUGCUCCAGAACCUGACCGAGGCUCUUUCUGAUGACGACGCCCACUACGUGAUUCGAUUUGCCAACAGUCUCUUCCUGCAGGAAGGCUUCAGCUUCAACCCCGACUUCCUACAUCUGAUGAAAAAGUACUUUCAAGCCGAGGUGGAGACUGUGGAUUUUAGCGAAUCUGCAGCAGUUGCGGAGCGGAUCAACACCUGGGUGGAGAACCAUACAGAGAGUAAGAUUCGUGCGCUGCUGUCAGCUGACGACUUCACCAGCGUGACCCGGCUCACCCUGGUGAACGCCGUCUAUUUCCGAGGUUCCUGGAAAAGCCAGUUCAGGCCAGAGAAUACCCGAACUUUUUCCUUCAGCAGAGAUGACGGCUCUGAAGUUCAGACCCUCAUGAUGUAUCAGCAGGGAGAUUUCUACUACGGUGAGUUCAGCGAUGGCUCGCAGGAGGCCGGCGGUGUGUACCAGGUAUUAGAGAUGCCCUAUGAGGGAGAGGACACAUCCAUGAUGAUCGUGCUGCCUCGGCAGGAGGUUCCUCUGGCUUCUCUGGAGCCCAUCAUCAAAGCACCACUGCUGGAGGAGUGGGCCAACAAUGUCAAACAACAAAAGGUGGAAGUAUACCUACCCAGGUUUAAGGUGGAGCAGAAGAUUGAUCUAAAGAGCAUGCUUCAGGACCUGGGAAUUAAACAAGUAUUCACCAACGAUGCUGAUCUCUCUGCCAUGACAGAUGGUAAGGACUUGUACAUUGGAAAGGCCGUGCAGAAGGCCUACCUGGAGGUGACAGAGGAGGGGGCCGAGGGAGCCGUUGGAUCUGGAAUGAUUGCCCUGACUAGGACUCUGGUGCUGUACCCACAAGUCAUGGCAGAUCACCCAUUCUUCUUUGUCAUCAGAAACAGAAAAACAGGGUCCAUCCUCUUCAUGGGCCGAGUCAUGACUCCUGAAGUCAUCGAACCAAGCGACCACGACUUUGACUCCAUGUGAACAAGACGGGAGGCCUCUUGGCCUUGGCAAAAUCAGCUUCAGACAUCAUAAAUGCUACCUAUUCUCUAUUGCCAUCUUCAGCUGUUUUAUACUAUGUACGAAGAAUAUAUAUAAGCUGAAUAUUUAAAAGAUAUAUUAUAUAUUGAGGCACGGCAUACAACACGUAACGUGACUGUGGUUUUUUUUAUACUGGAAGCUUUAAAUAAUCAAACACAGAUGUGCAGACAGGAGUUGUAAAUAUUCACUAUAAAAGUUUUGUUUGUACGAGUAAAAAUAUACACAUGCAGUAUAAAAAAUAAAAAAUCCACGCGGAGCCCCUUUAAGUUUAACCGAGCAGCUUUUUACACGCAUAUAAAUCACAAAAUGUAUUCCUCUUUAAGAGUAUUCUUUUUUAUCCACACUUUAUUUACAUGCCUGACAGGCACUGUGUUCUAUAUACAAGACAUAUAUAUGCUCAGUAUUUAUUACAGAAUAAACACGUGCAAACAUUAAUCCUUAAACUAUUAAUCUUAGUAAUAUAUUUGUUCCAGACAGCGUUAAGACGUUUCUACAUUUAAUCACAUGGCUUAACUGCUGAUGAAUUAUUAUGCCUUAUCAUACCUGAGUGAUUAUCCCCAGCUGGGUGUCUUACAGGUGAGCAGUUUGUAAGGAGGGCUGGUUGCCAUGGAAACAGACAGCAGAAUGCAGGUGAACUACAUGUAGGGAACAGUAACACCAGCUGUAAUGAUUCUUUUCUUGGAUUAAAAAAUGAAUGUGUUACCAUUAAAAA